AUGUGGGCGGGGAACCACAGUUUCCUGGCAGACUUCAUCCUCGAGGGCCUCUUGGAUGACUCCCUUGCUCACCUCUUUCUUUUCUCCCUGAUCUUGGCUGUCUUCCUCAUCGCAGUGGGUGGCAACUCCCUCACCAUCCUCCUCAUCUGUGUAGAUGGCCGCUUGCACACUCCCAUGUACCUGCUGCUCAGCCAGCUCUCCCUCAUGGACCUGAUGCACGUGUCCACCACCAUCCCCAAGAUGGCAGCCAACUAUCUCUCUGGGAAGAAAUCCAUCUCCUUUGUGGGCUGUGGGACCCAGCACUUCCUCUACCUGUGGAUGGGUAGUGCUGAGUGCCUGCUCUUAACUCUCAUGUCCUACGACCGCUAUGUGGCCAUCUGUCACCCUCUGCGUUAUUCUGUGCUCAUGAGCAGAAGGGUAGUUCUGAUGAUGGCUGCUAUGUCGUGGCUGGGAGGGUCCAUGAAUUCCCUCAUCCACACUGUGGUCCUGAUGCAUUUCCCUUUCUGUGGAGCCCGGGAGAUCCAGCACUUCUACUGUGAGUACCCGGCAGUGGUGAAGCUGGUGUGUGCCGACAUCACUGCCUACGAGAGCACUGUGUACACCAGCAGCCUCAUCCUUCUCCUCAUCCCCAUCCUCCUGGUGUCCACCUCCUAUGCCUUCAUCCUGCACAGCGUGGUCCACAUGCGCUCGGCUGGCAGGAAGAGGCAUGCCUUUGCCACAUGCAGCUCUCACCUCACGGUGGUGGCGCUCUUCUUUGGGGCAUCCAUCUUCUCCUAUAUGAGGCCCCGGUCUCAGCACACCCCACUGCAGGACAAAGUCGGGUCUGUGUUCUACAGUAUAAUCACCCCCACCCUCAACCCCCUCAUCUACACACUCCGCAAUAAGGAUGUCGCCAAGGCUCUGAGAAAAGUGUUGAGGUGA